AUGGCGUCCUGCUACCACCCUUGUCGCCUCUUCCCAGGAAUGUCGCCGGCGGCCCCUGCCGGGCCCGUCUCGGCGCCGGCUCAUCCUCGCACCUGCAAGUCCUCGAAGCUGUUCGCUAGCUUGCCUCACCGGAGGAGGCUGCUGUUCCUGGGCACGCGUCGUGCCAGGAUCAAGUGCGUCAAGGACGACUCGCUCCAUUUCGACCCGUCGAAGAUAGAACCGCCACCGUACUCCAGCUACUUCGACUCCACAUCCGGUCAGCUCGAGCCGGCGUCGGGCGCUCGGGCAAGCAUACCCGGAAAGGAGUACUGGCCGGAGGGCACGGCGGCCCGCGUGCGUGCCGCACGAGCGCCUGCCCCGCUCGGGGAGUCGGCUGGGACGCCAUCAUUUGGCACGAAGCCCGGGAGCAGGAGAAGAGGGUAUAAGGAGCAGGUGACGUCGGCCUCAGGAACGGAGGGCGCGCAGACUGACGACGGAAAGGAUGACGGUGAGCCUGAUGUGGUCAUUGUAGACUCUGGGGACGAUGCAUUGGAGGAGCUAAAGGACUCGGCGGAUGAGUAUGUCAUUUAUGAGACACCAGAGGAAGAGGAGUUGAGUGAGUAUGAUAUGGACAAAAUGAUGGGGCGGCCACACCCGUUCAUUGACCCAGCAAAGGCGAUGUCAUUAGGGGAGCUGAAAACCAGCGAAGAGCUCUGGUGGCACUGGAGGAGGAAGUCUCAGGAUGAGGAAAUGUGGUCAAGAUGGCAGAGGAGGCGUCCAGAUGUUGACACGGUUUUUGCAAAGGCAAUGGCGGAGACUGGGCAAAUUAAAAUUUUUGGGGACCAUCCUUCACGGACAGAAGCUGCUCUUGCAAAGACAAGAAGACAUUUGUACAAAGAGGAAAGGUUAGAAGCAGAGCAAAGGAGACUAGAAGAAAUAGGGCCGAUAGCAUACUACUCAGAAUGGGUUGAAGCUUAUAAAAACAAGGAUACAUCACGCGAAGCCAUACAGAAGCACUUUGAGGAAACCGGCGAAGAUGAGAAUGCUCAACUUAUAAAAAUGUUUCAACACCAAACUGCUGGGGAAUAUCGUAUCAUGAUGGGCACCGAUGUGCGUAUUCAGCGAGAUCCUUUGGCCAUGAGAAUGCGGGAAGACCAGAUCAAACAGAUUUGGGGCGGUGAUCCUGUCUAUCCAACAAUUAACUAUGUUCAGGAUCCUGAUGAAGUGACUGACUACAGAGGUCCUGAAUUUCAUGAGCCUACCCCUGAAGUUGUACCUUACCUGAUGGAGCAUGGGAUAAUGAUCACAAAGGAAGAGCUAUAUGCACGUCUGAAUGAAGAGAGAGAGGACGUCAAUCAAGACAUAACGUAUAUUCCUGAAGUCAAAGAUCCUAUGGCUACCGCCAUUGAUAUAGGAGAGCAAUCUUACAAUGAAGACAGUGAUGAUGAGGAUGAGGAUGUCAAUAAAGCUGCUGCACAGCCUGAAUCACUAGAGGAUGAGGAAGAUGAUGGGGAUGAUGUUGCGGAAGUAGAAGAGAAAGUGAACCAGAAUUGGAGUGUUAUAAAGUCUACUGGACAGACUGAAAAGCCCAAGGAAAAAUCAAAUAAAGGUGAAAUGUCACUAAAAGAAGCCAUUGACGAUUCUGAGAACCUAACUGACUUUCUUAUGGACUUUGAGGAAGAGGAGUAA